AACUCCUAACAAUGGCUGGAUGAUCAUCACUACUAGGUAGGCAUACACAUCACGUGUUGUGGCUUCGGGUACCUUACUCCUUACGGCCUUUCCCUUUUCUUUCUUUUCUUUUCUUUUCUGUUAUUUUCACAUGAAUAUUUCCGAGAGAAAACUCAAACUCGCCAUCUUAUGCGCCAAAAAGCCAAAAAAAGCAGAAGUGAGCUGUUUAUUGGGGAGCGCUCCAACAGGUGCUUACCCGUGUCUUGUUUUGCGCUGGCAGAUACGCCUCGCCGUCGUCACCACUUACUUCUCCUCAAUUUGCCAACGUCUGAAAAUGUUUCACGCAAUCUGAAGCCCGACAUCUUAUAUUUAUGUAGGUAGGUAUGUAUCAACAGCAAACCUUUGCUUCUGCAUCCCAGCGAAGCACCCUGCACAGGUGCUGGAGAUGACGUAGCAUCGGAAGCAGCACCUACUGUGAUUACUCGGUGUCUAAAUAUAGUAAGACGGGAAGAGGUGGUGCUGUGCUGUCCCUCUCCUCUCCUCUGUUAAAUCCUAAGAGCUCAGAUAAUAUAUCAGAUACCUACCUACCUAGGCAGACAUCCCGCCAUCGCUGUUGGCACGGAACUCUAUAAGCCGAGCAAUGAUCGGCAAUGCAAGUAGUUCUAGCGAGCCUUUGGGAUGCCAGGGCUUGUCGGCAAUUUGCAGCUUUGGCUGCUUCUGAUACUGCGGCGGGGGCGCGGGAACGGCGGUAGCCUACUAUACAAUUACUUGGAAGACAGGCAGGUGGUGCGACCCGGGCUUACCGGUAAUCGGGAGCCAUGGAGCUCCCCUCUUUGUGCCGGCCCGUCCUGGUCACCAACGCCGAGGUCUUCAACAGCAGUUGGAGUUGGAGAUCGUUUGUACUACGUAGCAGGUCACUUCCACGGACUACCUGUGCCUUACGUGCAGCUUAGCUCCCUACCUGCCUACGCUAGUUGCCAAUGAGGAGCUGCCCUAAGAAAUACUCCGGCGAUUACGUGCAUCCUCCAACGUGGACAUAGUCCCGCCCCGCCCUUUCCAAGUUGAGUAGUCGAUAUCUCCAUGUAUGCAUCGGGAGUUCUACCAGGUACCGAAGUGGCUUCAGGUCACUCGCCUUCGAUCCAUGAUACGUAUCACCGAUUUGAACUUCCGGAGGUGGAAUGAGCGGCUUGUUGAGAUGCCUUAAGACUUGCAUGGUUACAUGCUAGGCAUCAACACGUUCCGGGCAUAGAGAAGCACGGUGUUUACAUGAAGUUAAGUUAUCGUAGUAUAUGUACCUAUUCUUUAGACCUUUAGACUGCUCGAGAUGAUAUGACAAGAUAUUAUCGUUUACUAGUAUAAAG